AUGCAUUGCAAAGAUCAGAGAAUCAAGUUGGUUCGAGAAACAAUGGAAGGAAUUAGAGCUGUGAAAUCUUCGGCGUGGGAAGGUUUCUUUGAGAAAAAGAUCACUGGGCUGAGAGAAGAUGAGCUCAAAUAUUUAAAGGCUUUCACCUGCUUAGCGUUGGUGAAUAUCCUCAUCAUGCCUCUAAACGCCUUCCCUUGGGUUCUUAAUGGCUUAGUGGAGGCGUUGGUAUCGCUAAGGAGGCUUACUCGGCUAUUUGCUUUAAAGAAUAUGGACGUUCACGAUGUGUACACGUUAUCCGAAGAGAAAGACACUGUAAUGUACGUUCGUGAAGGAAAUUUCUUUUGGAGAGGUUCAAAACAUGCCAUAAGCGGGGUUUCAUUUCACGGAACCAAGGGUAAGAUCAUUGGGAUUUCUGGUGAUGUGGGAAGUGGCAAAACAACACUCUUGCUCGGUAAUUCUCUUCUUUUUUUUUCCAAAUCUAAUUCCCUUUAUUGAUC